GUAAUUGGGAUGAUUAUCCUAUUAAGGAUCUAGUAUAUUUUUGGAAUAAUUUUCAAAGUGAAAUUCCCGAAUUGGCACUUUUUGCUUCUCGAAUUAUGAGUAUACCACCAACAUCAGUUGAUAGUGAACGGUUUUGGUUAGUAAUUUCAAACAUAUAUACACCACAAUGGAACAGAUUAACAAAUGACCAUGCAUUUAAAUUAACAUGCAUUCAAUGGCACAUGGCUCAAAAAGAAAAUAUCUCUCUCAAGCAAAAAGAAAUUGAUAAUCUUAGUCAAAUUCUUCAACAAGAUAUUACUAUGUCUAAUUCCGAGGUAAGUAGAGAAAAAAGUUCAUCUAUUAAUAUUUUAUCUAUUAAUAGUGAAACAGGUAAUUCGGAAAAGAAUUAUGAAGAUGAGUCUCAAAAUUUGGAAGAAUCCAGAAACUCUCAAAAGUUGGAGGAAUCUGAAAACUCUGGAAACCCUGAAGAAGAAAAAAUGAAAACAAUUGAAAAUAUCGAUAUAUUAGAUUCUAAUGAUCAAAAUGCAUAUUGUGAAGUUGUGAGCGAAUAUAGUCAAGUUGUAAGUUAUAAUGAGAAUGUAUUAGAAAAUUGGUUGCUUUUUGAUAAAUUAGAUAAUAUUUGA